AUGUCUGAUUUACUGAACGAUAAGGAGACUUACGAGAUGGUAAAACGCAAUCCUCUACCAAAACUAAUCAAAAACACGAAGGAUGUCUUACUCGCUUUGGAUGCUGACUUGAAAAUUCAGCGCACUCAGUUUGAGAGGUCAUUAAGUGAAACAUCUUUGGCGCGAGCCUAUGGUUUGCCUAAAAUCCAUAAGCCCGAUGCGCCAUUGAGACCAAUUAUUUCUCUCGUGGGUAGUCCGACUUACAUCGUGGCCAAGUUACUGUACGAAGAAAUCGUUUCUCAUGUUAAGCGACCAACGUCACACAUCAACAACAGCUUUGAUUUGAAAGAAAAAAUGCAUAGCAUAACCAUUCCUCCCGGUUACAUUUUCCUAUCUCUGGACGUCUCAAGUUUAUUUACGAGUAUUCCAGAGCAUUUAGUCUUAAAUGCGUUGGACAGAAGAUACACAGAGUUGUCACAGUCUAGAUUGUCGUUCGAUAAAAUACGCAGGACGACACAAUUUCUGUUCCAGAACACGUUUUUUGCCUUCAACAAGAUCUACUACCGACAGAGGUUUGGCACACCCAUGGGAAGUCCAAUCUCGCCACUGUUUGCAGACAUAGUCAUGGACGAUCUCGAGCAGUGGUGUUGGAAAGAAUUGGAGAAGCUUGGCUGUAAUGUACUUUUUUACCAUCGUUACGUGGAUGACACCAUCCUCUGCGUACACGAACAGUACAUAAGUUCGGUAGUUCGUGUGUUCAACAGCUAUCACCCGGCAUUGAAGUUCACUUACGAACAAGAAAAUCGAGGACAUAUUAACUUCCUGGACAUGACUCUUAUUAACCGGAACGGUAAAGUGUGCACAAAUUGGUAUAGAAAGUCGACCAACACCACAAGACUCCUCUCCUUCAAGUCAAAACACUCGACCCAACAGAAGAUCAAUAUUGUGUACAACUUGACUGACCGAGCUGUUUUGUUGUCGGACAAGAGUUUUCAUGCCAGUAACUUAAAUAUAGUCUCCGCCUUGUUGCAGCUCAAUGACUACCCACGGAGGUUCAUUGAUAAAUAUAUAAACAUCAGACUACAAGAUAUCCAAAGGAAGAGGUUGAUUCGUGAAGACGGAGUUUUGUCUGCCAAGAUCGAUGUGAGACCCUUCACUAUGUGUUUGCCGGCGGUAAAUACCUUCUUUGAUCGGUGCCUAAACACGCUAAAGAAAUACAACAUCAAGGUUAUACCACUACAGGACCGAUCGAUGGCUCCAAUCAUAAAACUUGGCAAGGAUUGUGUGGAACCAAUGGAUACCGCUGGUGUGGUGUACCAACUGCAAUGCAACAGCUGUGAUACUCGUUACGUGGGCGAGUCAAAAAGACCUUUAAAAACGCGAAUAAAAGAACAUGAGCGAGCCUGCAAAAGCAAAAAUCAUGAUUCGGUCGUGGCGCUUCAUACCUUACGCAACCCCGGUCAUGAUAUGAGGUGGGACCAAGUUAGGAUUUUAGACAGAGAAACAAAAUAUUGGCCCAGAAUGAUCUCGGAGAUGAUACAUAUUAAUAACCAACGCAAUGUUUUGAACAAGAAGGAAGAUAUUGACAAACUCAACAGAGUUUAUUUCAACAUUUUAAAAUAA